AUGUUGGCCCUCAAAAAGCUUCUUCCAGUGGAGCCAGAGGACGCCGAGCCGAGCCAGCCGCCGUCGCUAGCUCGCCUCGAGCCCUACUUGGAGCUGCCACGGCCCCAGCUCCUCGCCCAGAUCCGCCACCGUGUCACUCCCGCCCCGACCCCACUCGACCUUGAGCAACUAUGGACGCUUAAACGCCAAUUCGACGCGUUUGAUGACGAUAUCGGCACCCACAUUGAAGCGCUCAAGCCGGUGGAGACGAUGUUGACCGAGUUUGACGCCAAGUUGAGCGAGCUUUCGCAGAGCUUGUUGAGCCUUCAAACUCAGCUGCAAACGCUCACGCUGGAACUGGGGAACGCUCAUUCCAUCACCAAUAAGCUUAAUCCGGUGAUCCUUGAUUUACUAUUUCCUCCCGAUACCCUUCGCUCCAUCGCCUCGGCGCCAGUUAACCCGCAGUGGAUGGACAACAUCAAAGUGCUCCAGGAAAAGCAAGAUAUUAUCGACAGCGUUGAAAAGGGACCCAACGCCCACUAUAAAGAGUACAAAGCAUACGACGAACUACGUAAAACCGUUGAGGUGGCUACGGCCAAGGCAGUGGAACGGAUACGUGAUUUUAUGAUUGCGCAAAUUAAGCUGUUGCGAUCACCAAAACUCAGCUCCCAACAAGUCCAACAGCUGCUUUUACAAUGCAAAGAGGCCUUCCACUUCCUUAAACGCAGCCACCCUGAGCUCGCCCGCCAAUUUCUCGUUGCCUACAUCUGGACGAUGCGUUGGUACUACCAUACCCGCUUUGCCAAGUACCUUUAUUGCCUACAAAAACUACAGGUGAAGCAUGCCGACUAUCUGAUUCUUGUUGGUGCCGACGUGCUGGCACUGCUGCUGUUUUUCGGUAAGGGACUGUGGUUCCUGUCAGCUCCGGCGCCGGGAUCACCUACCACUGAGCCCACCACCACCGUCCUUCCUCAGGAAUACUAUUCGCUGAUGGAGAAACGUCACAACAUUCUCACCGAAGAAGCCACCGCCAUCCCCUCGCAAAUCGCUGAGACGACGCCGUUCUCCUAUUGGCUCGAGUUCAUAUACCAACAGUGGCUGCUUGCCCUCGUCAGCAAUGUCGUGGUGGAAUACCUUUUCAUAGUCGACUUCUUCAAUGAUGGUGAGGAGAAGUUCCCCACUCUCGACAACCAACAAUGGUGGGAUAUAAUGUACGGUCCGGUGUUCGGCAUUGGCAAGGAGUUUGUCACCUGGUUAGUCACCCACACCCCCUCGCUUCUUUCCAAAAACGCUAACCUGACGGCAGGGAGAUUGGGUGCCAGCAUCGGCACGGGACUGUGUGAUGCCUUUGGGGUAUUGCUUGUGAUCCGGUUAGUGCAGCGAGCGCUGGCCCUCGCCCACGAUACCUACCACAUUCCGGUGUUAGAUGAUUACCAUCAGGGGAUUACCCUCCAAUUAUGGUCUCAAUUUACGAAGAUUGUCGAUCAGAACUGCGAGCUGAUGAAGCGAGCAUUCACUCAGUUGACUCUGGCCGCGAGCCGCGGGGCCCCGUUGUCAGUGACCCAACAGGUGGCCCAACUUAUAGGGGGGAUGCUCCGCAUUUCGACAAACCACGAUAUUAAAGCCGAGCCGCUCCAUUCGCUGAUCCAACGGCUCUCGAACGAGUACGAGUCGCAGCUCACCAAGCUCGCCACGCUGGCGUUCUCGUCGAAGCGGUCGACGGAACGCGAGGUUUUCUUGUAUAACAACUACUUCUUGGUGGCGCUGAUUCUCCGCAGCGAGAUCGGCGACCUUGACCCCGCCACGGGGGCCGCCGCCAGCAUCGAAGCGGUGGUGGCCCACUUUGACCAGUUGACGGCUGCGUACAAGCAAUAA